GUACGCGCGGUCGCGAGCUCAGUCAGUGAGUCCCACAAGAUGGAUCCGGUGGACUUUCUGUUUCUGUUUGUCUCGUCGGCGAAGCGUGGCUGUGCGAUGGUCGCGAUUAACCUGCUCUCGGAACACAGCCCUCUGUGAAUGAAGAGACUCCAAGUAGAGGGAGAACUGAGCGGUGUGAACACGACCCUCCAAGUGUUGCUGCGUUCGUGACCGUACGGCUCUUCCUGGUUGCAAAACCGUGUUUUCCAGAAUUGGACUGGCAGCGGUGAAGGGGUUUCCAGCAGUGGGAAAGAAGCGUUUCACGCGCAGUUGCGCCGUUCGGAACCGUUAUUGUUCGCGAUCCGGUUUAAUGGUCCUUCACACGGUGGAAUUCGCUCGUUUUUUGAAAAGUGGCGGAAAUGCAGUUUGAAUGCAAGGACCCAGAAAUCGACCAAGAUCGUUCAAGAGGAAGGGGGGACGACUGAGUAAAGGAAAAGAGUUGAAAGUAUGGAAAAUGGGAAGAGUGCGACGGAAGCAGGUCUGUUGGAACCUGUGCCACUGGUUACCACAGUCUUUCAUGAGAACAUUCUGUCCCCCCUGAGGUGCUCCUAUAUGUACCCUGACUCUGAGCAGUGUUUCACGUACAGCUCUGCAUGCCUUGUUAAAAACCCCACUUUGCAGGAUAAGUAUUCAGCCUUCUGUACACAGAAAAAGAAAGAGGGUUACACUGAGAGAGAGCUGGAGGAGUCCUUUGGAUUCUUGAUGUUUGAUGAGGAAAUCAAGGCAAAGCAGCUCUGUGAAAGUGGCAUAGAGGUUGACCAGAGUGCAUUGUCUACGCUGGGUGACCCUUCAAAGGGUGUUUAUAUCUCAAAGUACUCUGACUGCCUGGAUCUUAACCCCUGGUACCAUGGGAAGACUGGUUUCAUUGUUCUCUUCAGACUGACCAAGGGCAGGGUCAAAGAGGUCACCGAGAACUACACUCAAAACUUCACACAGCCGUCUGUAGGAUUUGACUGCCACAUAUCAGAACAGAUUGAUACGGUCUCUGCAACAACUAGCUCUUUCCUGGCUUAUGAACGUACACAGUACUAUGUGUAUGAGCUGUGUUCUGGAGGUGAGGCAGUAACACGUCCAAGACAGGUCUGCCCGUUUGCUGUCAUCAGGUUCUCAUAUGGCAAAACCAUGCCAUCUGCAACAAACUUAAUGGAGCAGAGGUACAGCCCUAAAACAGGAGUGUUCCAGUACAUCCUGUGGCAGGGUCAACUACAGAUCCAUUCCGUGACCAUCCCUGUUGCACUGCGGUCGAGGUGUGAUGCGUUGCUACCUGCGCAGCUACCGACCACACUGGAAAUGAGCAAUUCCAUCAGUGUAUCAGACCUGAAGCAGUGGUUACUACAGUCCAACUUUGAAACCUGCUUUACCAGUGAAGUCCUGAGGGGGAAUGGCUGCAAUUUCUACACCAUAAUUCCAUUGGCAGACCAAGACAAGCACACUUUACUUUCUCUGGAGCUGAAGGACAAAGACCUGGCACUUGUCUUGCAGUUGAAAGACUCUGGCUUCCUGGUGCUUUUACACUCAUCUACUUUCUUCACAUAUGAAGAUACCUUAUCCAGCCAGGAGGAUUCCUUGCAAGCCCUGUUUCUGUUCCCAGACUCAAGACUUGUGCAGAAAGAUACUAAGAGUCGAUGGUCCAAAUCUCUCCUUUCACCAGAGAUAAUAAAGGCCUUACCAGGAUUCAGCUAUGCUGUAACAAAAGCUGAGAAAUGUCCUCUCAACCAGCAGGAGUCAAUCAGCUGUGUGGUGGAACAGCAUUUGCAGAGCUAUGCUACUCUAUUCCAGCCAGGAAUGCAUUACAGUCCCUCCAGGGAGAUAAGUGUCUUCCCAGACCAGUAUGAUGUUCCUGAUGUCAUUGGAUACCUCUACAGUGCCCCCAAGUGGACAGAGACAAGCCACCUGCAAAUGCUUUCAUACUUCAAGCAACCUGGCAACUACACUUUGCCUGUGACAAGAGUAACAGAACUACUGGAAGCUGGGCGGGAUGAAAGCAUCAAUGAUCAGGGGAAUGAUAUCUACUAUUGCCUGUCCUCCCCAGAAAAUGCUGGAGUCACUUCAUCGGAUUUCUGUGCCAAUGGUGGCUCAGAAGGGGGAUUCAGGAAGAUUCCAGACCAGGCUGAUGUGGUUGAGGGAAGUGCCACAAAUGAAAGAGGGGAAUUUUGGAUGAAUGAACAGCUGCAGGAGGGGAUGGUGGCUGAGGUGGAGAGUAUUGCUGGGGUGUCCCAAUCAGCUGCUCCAGUGGACCUUAUGAAAUGUGGGGGGUUAGGAAUAGCAAGCUUUGACCAUACUAAGAAGAUGCCGGAGUCUGUAACCUUCACUGCAAUAGGAGAAGCCACACCCGUACAAACUAGGGAUGAACAGGAGGACAUAACUGGACAAGAGGGAUAUUCCACAGAGGCCUCUGUUACCAAUGUGUCAUCAACUGAGAUGCCAGAUCUGAGGUUUGUGCAGCACAGUUUUACUGCACAGGAAAUCAACUCUCUUCCUCACACGAAGCCAGGGGUCAAUGCCUCAUUCAAAAAGACAUCCAGAAGGGGCAGAAGGAAAAGAAAGAGGGGUCGGACCGCUAACAGUUAUCCUCAAGAGAACUGUGUUGAGGCCCUCACACAGCCACAUCUGCCGAAGAGAAGGCUUUACCAGUAUGGCCUGAAGACUAUUAUAACGGACUGUGGCAAGAUUUUUGUUCCUCAUGGUUCUGAAAUCCCUCCUGGGGAUAUAAAGUUCAUGGCAGAGAUGGGGAGAGCUGUGGCUGUAGAAAGUAAUUUAGCACAACUGCCUGCAGAAAGUUCAGGAAUCUCUCUCAUUCCUGCAAGGAAUGCACAUGCCCAAGAUUUAGCCACAGGCACGACAGACAAACGGCCCUUGCUUACAGAGGUGGUCGAUGAACAGAAUCUUCCCAUACAGACAGAUGAACAAGACACAGUCAUGGAGACAACAGAUGCACAGGUUUCAUCAACGGGGAUAGUUGAUGAACAGACUCAAUACCUAGAGACAGUAGAUGGACAAGUUAUACCUUUGAAUAUAACAGACAGGGAAGCUAUGCCUUUGAAUAGAGAAGAGGGCCUUUACCUCAAGGCUAACAAGGUUCUGAUGAGUACAGUUAGCUCUUCUGAUGCAGAAUCUAAUCAGAACAAAGGAGUCCAACAACAAGUAGUGCCUUCAACAAACUGCACAGAGAAAAAACUGUUGGGAAUGACCCCCACAUUAGAAAGGACAAAUGGUCAGAAAGGGAAAAGGAAGAAACCCUUAUGUCCUAUUAGUCAAGUGUCUUCCCUGUUAGAAGAGCUAAGAGACUUGCCUGGCUUAAGCACAACAGAACUACGGACCAAGAGGAGCAAGAGCCAUAAGACUGCAAAUGAGGUGGAGAAUGUUAUCGUCAACUGUGAAAACACAAUAGCAAAUAUUUUAAAGUCUGAUCCAAAACUAAGAAACUGUUUGAGUUUUGAUGCUGAAAUAGAGCAGGUAUCAAAAACUGAGGGAAACCCCAAGACAAGGGCAAGGUCAAGAAAGAGUAUACCAAGGAAACUGGACUUGGCAAAUGCUUCUGCUCUUUCUGAUGGAACACAAGAGAUUUCAAAGAACUUGGCUACACCAACUGGGCCAACUGAGACAGAGAAAUUGGUUAAACCGUUAAAAAAACGUCUGAGGCACAAAAUAACGGAGCACAUGAAAGAAAACGGAUUAUUGAGUUUUGACACAUCCACUUCAUAUGGCAGUGAUAAUUUAAGUCAGCUUCAAGCCCAGGGCCACAAUUCUGCUGCUAGUGGGGGUUGGGGGGGAGUCAUAAAUGGCACCUCAUUUGUGGCUCAUCGCAGUUCAGAGACAGGCCCCUGUCAGCCCCCAGAUGCACUCUCCAUGUUGGCUGAUUUAGCCCUUAGCAACAACGGUGACAAAGUACUUGAAAGUCAAGUUCCUGGAUCAAAGCUGGCUGUCAUGGGGCAAGAUUGUGGCAAGAGCAUGGAUGAUGGCCCCUCCAUGUCUGGGUCUGUCCUCAGCAAGAUGCCCAGACACUCUUUGAGGAGGCAUAAGCGUCAGAUUUCUAAACAAAAGCUCCCUGCUCGAUCCCCAUCUCCAAAGGGUCUGGUAGUGACUGGAGAGAAUGCUUUGGUUAUUUCUGAAGAACAUUCGUAUUCACUGUCACCCUCCUGUUUGCUGUUGGGUUUGUCAGGUCCAGUUCUCCAAGUCCCCCACUUGGACUUGUUAGAUCACCCAGGCAACAACUCGAGUGACUGUCUGCCUACCUCCAAGAAAAGCAACAGCAGCACCUCUUGUCAAGAUGGUCAAGGUGGACAGGAUGUGACAAAGCCAUCAGCGGAGAGCUCCAUGCGACAGUUUCAUCCUAAGGAUAGGAGGAAGAGAUUGACCCGUGUGCGGCAAGUGAAGGAAGUGUAUGGGUCACUAAAAGUAUCGAGGGUGUGGAAGGAAAAGUAUGAAUUUCAUCUAGACAGCAAGUAUACCAACAAUCUCUUAGAAAAAGCUGUGAUGCGAGCCCUUCAUGGACCGUGGGAUUAUAGUAUUGAGGAGACGUUUGAGCAGAUUCGCCUCAUACUCCACAUGUGGAUUGGCCUAUUUUACAGCCGGUCCACAGCAAGAUUCUUUGAGAUUGACCCAACUGGGGAUAUCUUAAGGGGGCCCAGCUCCACCGAUGGACUCCAUGGGGCAGCACCCGACCCACAGUCCAGGCUGUCUGUUUCAGAGGUUUUUUACACAGUUCCCUCUCCUCUGCCAUCUCCAGAACCCAAGGCUUUGGAUUUGAGAGAGGAAAGAAAAAAAUUAACAGAUCCUAUAAGUACACAUUCUGACGUUUUGGACCUCUCAUAUAACCAUUCACAAGUUUUAGACCUCACUAUUUCUAAAAAUGGAACUGAGAAGCCACCUCAUGAAGUUAAUGAAAGGGAGCCCUUGAAAUCUCUUUGCAAACUGGGAGAGUUGGACACCAAAGAUCCACUUCAGUCAAGCUAUGUUACAACUUUUCAUCUUAAGGUGUACAGAGGCAGGGCUAACAUGAUGUCGGAUGAAGAAAAUGAACACAGUGAUGACGGAAGCAGUGUUCAUGAGGGUGGUGAACUUGACUGGCAAAAUUCAACAGAUUCUUUAAGAAAUGAUACAGCCUACAAUAAGCUGUGUGAUCACACAGCAAAUAUAUGUAUUGCCAGUGAGAAGCUCUUAAGGACACAGGACAUUGUCCAGGCUAAAGCUGGGAACAGCAUGUUUGACUGUCAGUUUGAAGAGUUACCUGUCAAAGAAAGGCAGGGGACGGCUGAGCUUAGACAGAGCAGAACUUCUUACAUACAGUCAUGCAAGUUUACGCAUGUCAGUUUCUCGCCAAUUGUGGCUGCACCAUCAGUUUGUGGAGACAAUACAAAGAAAGAUGAUUAUGUUAGUAACACCAACAUUCAUACAGAUUUCUGUGAUGUGAAUGCUCACUGUUGCAAAGCGCUUGCAGUAAUGCCUGCAAACUCCUGUGAGGACAAUGAAGUUCACGGAUGUAGUUCAGAUGCAGUGCAGCCAGACAAGUUUCACACCAGAGCUUUAGAGGCAGAAGUUCCACAGUACCCAAAGAGCAAUACUAGGAAGAAAGUUGACUUUUCAGAGAACAGCAGUGAUGAGUCAACUGACCCUGUGCUGGAACCAGAGUCUUACAAUCGUUCUGUCUAUGCUGACAAAGCUUCUCCUCCAGUGCUGGGUGAUCCAUCCUUUAAUCAUGAACUCAGCCUGUCAAAUUGCGCCUAUAUAGUUGCCACUUUGAAUAACCAUGCUGAGACUUGGUCAAGUUCCAAGGCUACGCUAAGUGUGGAGUCCCUCUCAAGUGGAAUAAAAAUUCCAACUAGCAUUCCCAUAUGCGACCAAGCUAAAUCAGAUGCUGUCAACAUUGCUACAUCCUCUCUGCAAAAUGACCUCAAGUCCUAUCCUGACAAUUUUGAACUUGUCUCUAGUAUUUCCACUAACGCAGAAAAGUUGUUGCUCAGUGACUGUCAAAAUACAGCAAGCUGCACUCUUUCAACCACAGAGCAUCCACAAGGAGGCAUUUGUGAACCAUAUACUUUUAAGAAUCAUGAUCUCACAGACUUCUCGGCACUCUCCAGUCUUGGUACACUAUGCAGCGGGAAAAAUGGCAAACCUGGUGACCAGAGCAGUCCUGCAUCAUGUGAAGACUUUCUGGAGCAGAAAAAUUUCAAGUUAAACCUAAGGGACAUUCUGCCACCCAGUGAUGGUAUAUCCAGUUUCAAUAGCAAGUUAACAGCAACUCAGGAUUUGAACAGUGAAAUUGGAGGUUGCCAUAAAAGCAGCCACAAAUCUGCGGAGUGUCAGCAAUGUUGCGAUGGUGUGUCCAGUGCCAAUAGCACAACUAGCUUCGAAUCUUCCUCUCCAAGCUGCAAAGCCACAAGUGCAGAUGAUAGUUCAGAGAGCAGGUCCACAUUUAUUCCUGAAUCCAAGCCCAAAUCACCUGCGCCAAAAUUUGGACCCCAUCUACAUUUUUCCGGCAGUAGUAUGAACUUGUCAAAAAACCUGCAAUCCAGUUUAGUUUGCAUGGGGCAACCCACAAAUGUGUCAGAACAAGAUCCAAAAGUGCAUAGCAGCAGCAUGUAUGAUCACAGAGAGGACUCAAGUGAAAUCCCCAGAAGUUCAGCUGUAGAUCGCAAUAGUGUAAUGUCUGAACAAAUGGAAUUUGAAGUUAACUCAAGAUAUUUGACAGAUGCACCGUUCCAUCAUUUGCAUGACUUGAACACAAAGUUCAGCUCUUCAGAAAAAUUGUCUCAUCAGCCUAGCUUAGAUGCCAGUGGCUUCUUGACGGGGGAUAAAAAUGAUUUUGACCCCUUCACUAAUAGUAAGAUUAUUUUGAGCGACAACUGGCAACUUAGUUACCAAGAAACACAGUCAAACUGCUCAGUUCUUUCAAGAAAAACCUCCCUGCAGAAAGAAUUGAGUUUGCAAACUAAAAAUGAUUUAAAGAAAAACUUGGAAGAAAAGAGCAAGAGAUAUCAUACAACUGAGAAAAUCCAGCCCUCCUGCUCAAAAGAGCACUCACAGAUUUGUGAAUAUGAUUCUGCUUCUUGUGGCACUCAUCCAUCCCCCCAGGACAUAUUGAACAAGGCUCACUCCAUCAAACAUUGCCCAGUCAUGGCUGUGAAGCCCUCCAAGAACCGGGAAUGCCGAGGUGGAGAUGACAUCUGUGAGACGCCCCAGUGCGAGACAUCUAAAUGCCCUGUUGGUAUGGAGGGCUGGGUUGAUGCUGAAGCCAGACUGACUUCAGUGGAUCAGUUAAGCAAGUGUGAUGACCAGCAGCAUGUAGAGAUUGAGGAGGGGGUUUCUUAUGAUGAUAGUGGGAAUGUUGAGACUGCACAAUGUUCCACCAGCUGUAGCAUUGAUCAUUAUGAUUCAGGUCCUCAGUCAAACAUGUACAACCCAGGGAACAUGUCAGACUUCAGCAAUGCAAGGCACUGUUCAAGUUUGUUUGAUCAAGAAGAUAUAAAUAAACACAUAGAUAAGGAAAUGCUGGACUACAGCAAAGAAAAUAGUGGGUGCUUCUCAUUUCGAAAGGAGGAAUUACCAUUCACAUCUUCCACAGAAGGUGACAGAUAUGAAACACAAUGGUCCAGCAACAGUAAAAAUUACAGAAAAGGGCUGCUGACUCGUACUUUGGUUCAUAUUAAAGAUGAAAAAGAAUGUAGCACACCAGCUUUGGCAACAUCCAUCAUCACUGUGUUAGAUAGCAAGGGAAGGAGAGUAAUUUAUGAAAACUGUCCCACUGUGAAACAUGUGUCAAGCAGGCAUGUCAGGACUAUCCAGAACACCAACAUGGUAGACAGCCCCCUACAAAACUUCCUUCAGAAAUGGGAGAAAAUGCACCUAACAAAACCUGACAUUACGCAAGACACUAUGGACUUGGAGUAUCUCAUCUUCUCAGAGAAAAUGAACCAAAUUCUCAAAAGAAAUCUGAGGAAUACAGCCUCCUGCAGACCUUCCCGAUAUCCCUGGAGGCACCAGUUGAUCUCUAAUGCUGAUACUGGUCCUUGCAACAGUCCUGGGAUUGAGCGGCUUUCCGAAACUGGGGGGCGUGUCUCAAAAGACUAUCAUGAUACACAGUCACCUUUUACCAAGUGUAAGAUUAAUAUGGACUUCACUAAGAAAACGGGGUCGAAGGAGCUGACGUCAUAUUUCCCCUUUGUGCCUUGUAAGCCACCCUGGCACCUAGACAGAUUGUCAUACCUGAACCGCACAAAUUAUGUGCAUCCUGGGGUGUCAAGUAUAACUGCUGAGUGUUCCUCAUCAUACCAAACAGUGAUGAAUGACAUCUGCUCAAGCAGGAUGUUUCUGCAACAUGCCAAGAAACCAAAGAUGGAUAGCAAAUUUCUCCCGCAGGAAAUGAGUGAACAACCUGACUUGUGUUGUCAAACGAAACAGGAGAUGCUUACCAACCUACAGGAGCAGCUUAAUAUUGUAGUCAGACAGUCCUUCAAGACCAAGUUCAGGUUCUACAUCCUGGUGACAUCAGAAGAUGGCUUCUUUGAACAGACUAAGGAGGUGCUGGAGGCUGAGGGCCAUGUCAGUGUAGACCCUGAACAGUUUGAAGUGGGGCUGCAGAGCACCGCAAUGCCACUGCUUAUCAUCUUGCGGAAUGAGGACAUUGCUGAAUACAUUUGCACAAUUCCACGCUUGCUGGAAUUGAAGAAGACACCCAGUGUGUUGUUUGCUGGAAUAGACCAGCCAGAUGAUGUUCUCAACCUCACUCACCAGGAGCUCUUUAAUAAAGGGGGCUUUGUGGUGUGUGAUUCUGCAAUGCUGGACUCCCUAAUGCUGGACAACAUGAAGACACUGAUUGAGUUCCUGGAGAAGCUGAGCAGCAGUGGGAAGUGGACGUGGUUCCUGCAUUACAGAGACUGCCGUCUGUUCAAAGAGAAACAAAGGACCAGUAUGGAUGCCAAGAAGAGAAAGCAGUUCCUCGACUGGUGUCAAGAGGCAGGGAUAGUUGAGACCCUGCCAUACCACGAGUGUGAUAUUUUGUCUGGAGGUCAACCUGACUACCUCAGUUGCCUGCUUCACCUGCAGGCUCAGCACGCUACUGCCCGCUUUGCAGUCUUCAUCACAGAUACACCAGAUGAUUCUUUUGGAAUGUAUGGCAUCUUUGUCAUGAAGAUUAAUGCUUUUCUACAGAUUUACAGAAACAAUACUGGCAAAGUAUGUGAAUCAGUUUUGUUCCUCUAAUUCAUACCUACACCUAUAAACAGAAAGCAAUAAAGAAAAUUGUACCAGACUUGGUUAUGUUGUAACAUCCAUAUAUAUCUGGAAUUUCCCUUGGAUGGUUUUGUCUUAUGCAUGUAUAUUCUUGUUCCUAAACUUUAACACUGGACCAAGUUGGUCCAGUUGUGUAUAUUUUUUUUGUAUUUGUUUUGCCCAGUUGUGAAUAGGAUCUGCACCUUGUGUAUUUAGGCUUAAUUUUUUUACAACAGAAGCAUUGUGUACAGUAUGAAUGUACUGUUAGGGGUACAUUCCAUGUAUAACUAGUUUAGUACAGUGUACUAUAACAUUUUUCUGCUCCACUAGAUUUUUAUACAGAAUUUUCAAAGAACUAAUCCCAUCACACUCACAAGGGGCUUUUAACUUAAAUAUGUAGAUUCUGUAAUGACUUUGUACUGUGGUUUUACCUUGUUGCAAAACUUUUCAGAUCUAUUUUCUCACUUAAUGUUAAGGUCUUAAGCAGUUAUAGAACAUGUAUACUACACUGACUUUUGUACAGCAGUUGCCUUAAUAAAUUGUUAAAGAUUGAAGUUGUGUUGAAUUAAAUGCUACAACCACCCCAAGACUUCUACAGUCAGU